AUGGCCAUGGUUGACGUCUCGCGGCAGAGGAGGUCGCUUCUCCAAGAUGCGACUGUAUUGGAACAUCUGCCUUCAGAAUUAUUGGCCAUUAUCGAGGACCAGACCUCGACGAAACUGCUCGAUGCUGUUUCACAGGCGGCGCUCAGUCCGCCACUUACAGAGCGAAUCUUUGUGCAUUUUGAGCAGGUCUUUCCCGACAUCUGCGCACGAUGGAUCCUCAACCCAGGAAACGAGCAACAACGCAUACGAAUAUACUCGGCGCUGGCUAGGCUGUUGCCGUUUGCUCCUUAUCUCUCAUCCUUCUUCGAGAUUCCUUCUCACGGUCAAACCUCAUUGACCAACUCACCCGCCUUGCGCCUUCCACCCCCGAAGCUCGACAAGGACUCAUCACCCACAACCGAGGACGCUCUGCUGCAGAGCCUCCUGGUUGCCUGGAGACUGAUCAGCUUCGACUCACAAAAUUUCGCCACUUUAACCUCCCCGGCGCUCUUGCAGGCCUUGUUCCACCAUGAAAGCAAAGCUGUUCGAUAUCUUGCUAUCCGAGUUUUCACCCAGCUGCUCCACGGGUCUGACUGGAAACUGGAGGCUCUCAUCCAGGAGCACGUCGGAAAGGGUGAGGCCAUUAAUGCAGACUUUGAUGGUAGAUCGAUUGACUAUGGAUUCCUAUCACUGCACGAACAUGCUCGAGUAAAGUCAGUCAUCGCCCUUCGUCAACAGCUGCAGUCAGCGCAGGAGAAUGAUGAUGGCGAAUCUCCGUGUAUGCAAUCUCUCACCCCAUACGUUGUAUCCUAUGGCGAUGUUAUCCUACCGCGCCCUCUUGGGCCGGCGGGCGAGUCCUCGAGCCUCGUUCUGACCCCGACAACGACGGGGAACCUCGAACGCCUGGCGACUAUGCUCCGAGAUCCCGACCCCAUCCUUCUCCACGGUCUCCCUGGUGUAGGAAAGACCGCUCUCGUUCACGAAAUUGCCAAGCAGCUUGGCAUGUACUCCAACAUGGUGACACUGCACCUGAAUGAGCAGACAGAUGCUAAGAUGCUCAUCGGUCUGUACUCCACAGACACGAAGCCGGGAAGUUUCCAAUGGCGUGCCGGUGUUUUGACGACCGCAGUGCGAGAGGGAAGAUGGGUAUUGGUGGAGGAUCUCGAUCGCGCCCCGACCGAGGUUUUGAGCACGCUUCUCCCUCUGAUUGAACGAAAUGAACUCCUUAUCCCGAGCCGAGGAGAGAGAAUCCGGGCGGCCAGCAGCUUCAGACUUUUCGCAACUGUCAGAACGUCCCGAGGGAUGAAUGGACGAGAAAAUCUCCCCAGUCUUGUGGGAAUCCGCUUUUGGCAGUCACUCUACACACAACCACUCGAACAGCCAGAACUGGAAGACGUGGUGGUGCAAACGUACCCCAUCCUACGAAAGUAUCUCCCUGGAAUCCUGGCCGUCUAUGAUCGUCUCUCUCGUCUCAGUAGAACUCCCGGACUUCUGUCAAGGGGCCGUAAUGUUAUGGAUCGUCAGAUGACCCUGAGAGAUCUCCUGAAAUGGUGCCGCAGACUGCGAGAGUGUCUAUUGGCUGCUGGCUCAACAUCUGGAGACGAGCCCAUCAGCGAGACCACUCGGGACUGGAUGUUCAUGGAGGCCGUCGAUUGCUUUUUGGGAAGUUGUCCCGACCAAGAGCUCGGCAAGCAACUGAUCUAUGCGAUCGCUGAAGAGAUGCAACUCUCCAAAGAUCGGGCAGAACAUUACAUCUCUGCCAAUAUACCCCCUUUGGAAGAGAGGGAGACACAAUUUAGCAUUGGACGAGUGAUAUUGCGGAAGAAGAAGCUCUCUAACCGAGUUCAGAAAUCGAAACGACCCUUCGCCAGCACAGCGCACGCCAAGAAGCUUCUGGAGCAGAUUGCCGUGGCCGUUAAGCUGAACGAGCCAGUGUUACUUGUUGGAGAAACUGGUAUUGGAAAGACCACUGUUGUACAGCAGCUGGCGGAAUCACUCGGACAUAAGCUGAUUGCCGUCAACCUUUCACAGCAGAGCGAAGUCGGAGAUCUCCUUGGUGGUUUCAAGCCAGUCAAUAUGCGAACAUUGGCCGUUCCCUUAAAAGAAGAAUUCGAAGACCUCUUUUCUGCGACCGGAAUAUCUGCAUCUAAGAACCAAAAGUACCUGGAACAGAUCGGAAAAUCAUUCGCUAAAGGACAGUGGUCUAGAGUGUCUAAGCUAUGGAAAGAAGCCCCGAAGAUGUUUAGCAAGAUUGUGAAGGAGCUUGAACGGGUACAUGCCGAGCAGUCAGACAUCCGGAAUGGGGACGAGCAACCCUCGAAACGCCGAAAAACACAAUCCAAACUUCAAACACUCCUCGAUUUGCGGCCACGAUGGAAUGCAUUUGCUCGCAACCUCGGACAGUUCGACGUCCAAAUCCUGGGAGGUUCUGACAGCUUUGCCUUCUCUUUCGUGGAGGGAAACAUGGUCAAGGCCGUCCGGAAUGGCGACUGGGUGCUUUUGGAUGAAAUUAACCUGGCGUCACCAGACACACUGGAAAGCAUCGCAGAUCUCUUGGCCGGACCAGAUGAGAGACCGUCGAUCUUGUUGUCAGAAACAGGAGAGAUUGAGAAAAUCGAGGCGCACCCCAACUUCCGCAUCUUCGGAGCGAUGAACCCAGCAACUGAUAUCGGAAAGCGUGAUCUACCGAUUGGAAUCAGGUCAAGAUUUACCGAGCUCUAUGUUUCAAGCCCCGAUAAAGAUCUCAAGGACCUUCUCACCAUCAUAAAAACCUACCUUGGGAGUAGCAGCAUCAAGAACGACCAAGCAGCAGACGACAUUGCACGCCUUUACUUGAACACCAAGCGACUGGCCGAGGAGAAGCGAUUGGUAGAUGGCGCGAAUGAAGUCCCUCAUUUCAGUCUCCGAACUCUCACUCGAGUCUUGAGCUAUGUCAACACAAUCGCCCCCUUCUAUGGCGUGCGGAGAGCUUUGUAUGAAGGUUUUUCAAUGGGCUUCCUCACCCUCCUUGAUCGAGAAUCCGAGAAGAUGCUUGUGCCCCUUAUCACUCAUCACCUCUUCGAAAGGCAUGGGAAUUCCCAAUCAUUGCUAUCCCAAGCGCCGAAACACCCCGGCGAUGGCAAACAAUACGUGCGAUUCAAGAACAAGAACCGAGACCGACAGUAUUGGUUGUUCCAGGGAGAGGAGACUCCCAUCGAGCGAGACGAUUACAUCAUUACCCCCUACGUGGAACGAAAUCUGCUUAAUCUUGUGAGAGCAACAUCAACUCGACGCUUCCCCGUCCUCAUCCAAGGUCCGACUUCGGCAGGAAAGACCAGUAUGAUCGAAUACCUGGCAAAUUUCACUGGGAACAAGUUCGUGCGUAUCAACAACCAUGAACAUACUGAUCUCCAAGAGUAUCUUGGCACCUAUGUUUCCGGAUCAGACGGGAAGUUGCGUUUCCAGGAAGGUAUCCUCGUGCAAGCGAUGCGGAAGGGUCACUGGAUCGUCCUCGAUGAACUCAACUUGGCACCCACAGACGUAUUGGAAGCACUGAAUCGACUGUUGGACGACAACCGAGAACUGUUGAUCCCUGAAACCCAAGAAGUCGUCAGGCCCCAUGAGAACUUCAUCCUUUUCGCUACACAGAACCCUCCUGGUCUCUAUGGCGGCAGAAAAGUGCUUUCUCGGGCUUUCCGGAACAGAUUCCUCGAAUUGCACUUCGAUGAUAUUCCUGAAGACGAAUUGGAGUUCAUCCUUCAGCAGCGAAGCCGCAAUACGUCUCCCUCUGACUGCAAACGAAUUGUGACUGUUUACAAAGAACUCUCCCGAUUGCGACAAACUAGCAGAGUGUUUGAACAGAAAGACAGUUUUGCUACCCUUCGAGACUUAUUCCGAUGGGCACUGCGAGAAGCCGAAACUCGAGAAGAUAUUGCUGCGCAUGGUUUCAUGCUGCUUGCCGAGCGAGUUCGAGAUGAGGAAGAACGCAUUGCUGUCAAGGAUGUCAUUGAAAAGGUGUUCAAGGUCAAAAUUGACACACAGGAGAUGUAUUCUGCGAACGCUGCACCAGAGCUCAAGCACCAUAGCAAACAAGAGAAUAGCCAAGGUGUGGUUUGGACUCAUGCCAUGCGGCGUCUUUAUGUGCUCGUCGCUCGAGCUCUACGCAACAAUGAACCGGUUCUCCUUGUUGGCGAAACUGGUUGUGGAAAAACCACUGUCUGCCAACUCCUCGCCGAGGCAUUGCAGAAGGAGCUUCAUAUUGUGAAUGCCCACCAGAACACGGAAACGGGAGAUCUCAUUGGUUCCCAGAGACCGGUCCGUAACCGAGGAGCCAUUCUUGAGGCAUUGGAUGUGGACUUGAAAGCUGUUUUACGACCUUUGGGUCUGGACACAUCUGGCACUGUUGAGGACCGACUUGAACGAUACAAGGCUCUUGAUCAGUCGAUCAUUGACAAUAUCCCCGAACAGAUCAGAGAAAAGAUAGCAUCGAGCGAGACACGAAGCAAGGCUUUGUUUGAGUGGGCAGAUGGCAGUCUCGUGGAAGCAAUGAGAGAAGGCCACUUCUUCCUCCUUGAUGAAAUCUCUUUGGCUGAUGAUUCCGUUCUCGAGAGACUGAACUCUGUUCUGGAGCCUCAGAGAACGCUCUUGUUGGCCGAGAAAGGAAUCGACAACUCCUUUGUGGUUGGAGCGAGCGGCUUUCAGUUCUUCGCCACCAUGAACCCCGGUGGUGACUUUGGCAAGAAGGAGCUGUCGCCUGCCUUGCGAAAUCGAUUCACUGAGAUUUGGGUACCUCCAUUAUCUGGAACCGAGGAUAUCUACGAUAUCGUUCAGACCAAGCUCGUGGGUAACUCUAAGAAGUUGGUGGAGGUCAUCGUCAAGUUCGCAGAAUGGUUUGGAGAGACGUUCAGGUCAAUGGCUACAACCCCCUUCUCUAUCCGAGAGAUCCUGGUCUGGGUCCAGUUCAUCAACAAUUUCCAGUCGGAAGAUGUUGUCGUUUCGUUAGUGCAUGGUGCUUCUACCAUUUUCAUUGACAGCAUUGGCGCAAACCCUUCGGCUAUUCUAGCCACCGAUCCAAAGUCAAUCAAUGAGCAACGACAGAAGUGCGUCGCAAAACUGGGCGAACUCAUCGGUAAAGAUGUGUCUCAAGUGUACGAGACACACCCUGAGCCGACGAUGGACGAAAAGUCUCUCACCAUUGGGCAUUUCAGCAUCCCGCGUGACUCGACUGGUAUGGCAGACCCAGGUUUCGCAUUCCAUGCCCCUACCACACGUCUUAAUGCCAUGAGAGUCCUUCGAGCAUUGCAAAUGCAAAAGCCAAUUCUCCUUGAAGGAAGCCCAGGUGUCGGAAAGACUACUCUUGUUGCAGCCCUGUCUCAGGCAUGUGGACGGCCGUUGACGAGGAUCAACCUCUCAGACCAGACUGACUUGAUGGAUCUGUUUGGUACCGAUGUGCCAGUCGAAGGCGCUGAAGCUGGAAACUUUGCGUGGAGAGACGCGCCAUUCCUCCAGGCCAUGCAGAAGGGUGAAUGGGUUCUCUUGGACGAGAUGAAUCUUGCCUCGCAGUCCGUGCUUGAGGGAUUGAAUGCCUGUCUUGACCAUCGUGGUGAGGUUUACGUCUCGGAACUGGACCAAGUCUUCAAGCGCCAUCCUGAUUUCCGACUCUUUGCUGCACAGAACCCCCACCACCAAGGAGGCGGCCGUAAGGGACUACCCAGCUCCUUCGUCAACCGAUUUAUCGUCGUUUACGCGGAUGUUUUCUCGGAGGAUGAUCUGAAGCUGAUUGCAGCACACAACUACCCCAAGAUUUCGACCGAUGUUAUCAACCAGUUGAUCCAGUUUGUUUCCCAACUCGAGCAUCAGCUCGUGGUUACAAAAUCAUUCGGCAUACAGGGAAGCCCUUGGGAGUUCAACCUUCGUGAUGUCCUCCGGUGGCUGAAGCUCCUCAACUCGUCCGACCCACUCCUCCAAACUGCGCAAGUGGACGAUUUCCUCAACAUCAUCGUCAGACAGCGGUUCCGGACCGAGAGAGACCGAGAAGAAAUAAACAAGCUCUUUGGUCUCGUUUCUGGCUCGCCACCUCGCCGCCACAGCCUCUACCAUGACAUCAACUCUACAUUCGGCCAAGUCGGUCUUGCUCUACUCAACCGGCAGCUCAACUCUCAGCCAGAGCGACUCCCUAACAUUGAUAUUGUUCCGCGACUUCCUGAGCUGGAGUCCCUCAUGAUAUGUGUGAAGCAAAACAUUCCAUGUAUUUUGAGCAGCCCCUCAGGAUAUGGCAAGUCUGUUCUUCUCGAGCACGUCGCUGCGUUGGCCGGGAAGUCACUUGUUGUUUUCCCCAUGAACGCCGACAUCGACACCAUGGAUCUUGUUGGUGGCUUUGAACAGGCCGAUCCUCUGCGAGAGGUCAAUGCCGCGCUCAAGGGAUUACAGGAUGAGAUGCAGAAUUCCAUCAUGUCUGCGGUGCCAGCUGAGGUUCCCACAGAAGCCUUGGAGCUCCUUCACCUUCUCGAUAGCUUUUCUGGCGACAUGGAUACACUCGCCACCAUCGCUUCUUGCAUCGAAUCCCUCCUUACACGUAUUCCUGUGGAAUCUGAGGUCACGGUAUCCCUUUCGAAAACUCUUGCCCUGUUCCAAGGCCCACUGGUACUGGAUAACCCUCGUUUUGAGUGGCUUGAUGGAGUCAUUGUAAAGGCUUUACAGAUGGGCCAGUGGCUAGUCCUUGAUAACGCCAAUAUGUGCAAUGCUUCAGUUUUGGACAGACUGAACUCCCUACUCGAACCCCAUGGGUUCCUGAGUAUCAACGAGCACUGUGGCCCUGGCGGCGAACCUAGAAUUGUCGAGCCUCACCCUGAGUUCCGCAUCUUCUUGACAAUGGACCCUCGGUAUGGCGAGCUUUCGCGUGCGAUGAGGAACCGUGCUGUUGAGAUUCACAUUCACAACGAGCCCCCCGCAACUGAAGCUUGCUUCAGCAGGGUAGCAAAUGUUGAAAGCAGCUUGCAAAGAUACAAUAGGUCUCAACAGAUAUCGGAAUCUGUUUCUGGCGACAUUGGAUCCCUUGAUGCAACUCAAACUGCUCUUGAAGCCCUCUCCAUUGCGGACGUGUCGCUUCUUCCUCGUUACGCAAGCAACCUUCCUGGUAGAGAUGCCGAGAAACCUGAAUUAUCCCAAAGUUUGGAAGACUUGGUCAAGUUCCUCCAUUCAGCAGAUGGCUCAAAUGGUGUUACCCCCAUUCAUCGUCUGUACUCUACUCUCCCCGAGUCCUAUUCCAUUGGACUGUCGAACGCCCAGCCAAUCCACCCCCUCAUCAAUUAUCCUGUCGCUCAAUUGUUGCCUAUCCCUAACCAAGAAAGGUGGCUUGCCGCGUGUCUUGAGUUCCAUCGUGACAUUUACCAGCUCCAGAUAAACUUGGAAGAUCACCACAGGCAAGCUCAAGCUACCAAAUUGUCGUCUUUGAACCGGCUUCAAAGAUCAUUGAUCAGUGACCGAGUUGCCGCUGUGUCGAAAGAUUCGACAGUCAAGCUUGCCUCAUUCCUAGAAUCCGUCAUUGUCGCAAUGCGGGAAUGGCUGGGAUUCAAUUUUGAGUCAUUCGACACGUGGAUGGAGCGAGUUCGGAUCCUUCGAGCCGUGAGACUUUAUCUUGAGCGAACCAUUAAGCUGUCGUCGGAGAUCGAUUUUGAUGAGGCCAAGUUCCAAGCCCACCUUGCACAAGGCGCAAAUCUCCUGCAGAAGCAUCUUGAUACAUCGCUCGGGAGCCAUGAACGCGCCUUCGUGUCUCAUCUCAUAGAAAAGUUGAGCGAAGCCUUCACGAGUGGCUUCAAGUUGUCAACGGGCUUGAGCAUGGAAAUACUCUGGCAAAUAUUCCGACCGACUCCAAUGCCCACCAAAGCGAUCCUGGACCGGUCUAUGGAGGUCGAGAAACUCGGUGCCCGAUUCGAUGCACUUCGAUGGAAGGCUGGAGCAUCUAUUCCCGAUCUGUCAAAGGCCAUGGUUACCCUUGAGAAGGUGUCAGGCAUUCUUAGAGGUGAAGUUGCAAACGCUGACGAACUCGUGAGCGAUCUUACCACCGAGAUCGAGUCUCUGGAAGCCCGGAUAGGAACAACAGAAGUCGACCUGAAGCCGUUCCUCGCCUCCCAGUUCGAGACGUUGCGCCAGGUUUCACUGCUUACCUCCUUGAGCAAUGAUUCUGGCCCUGACCAGCCCAGCCAGGAGUUGAUGGUCUUAUCUGAUGUUCCUACAAGGGCUGGAAUUAUGCUUGCUAGCUCGAGCAGGCAGGCAGCCCUUCUGCAAUCUGUCGAAAACAUGGUUUACCAGAACCAGUUUUCCUGGGAUGGAAAAUUUUCAACCUCAUUCUGGUCCAAGUUGGAGGCCUUGGGGUCUGUCAGUCUCAAUUCACUGGCCUUGCUGGAAGCUGAGCUACCAAUUAUUGUGCGGCAGCUUGCCAACCUUACAGCCAAUCUUGCGGUUGAUCCAGUGUCCAGAUUGAACCAAGUUCUGUGGAAGCUGGUUUUGGAGGUUUUCAAGGCCCAUGGAGACAACCUCAGAGAUGCUGCCGCCACAUCCAUGGAGAUAUUGUCCCAGGGACCUGUUGAUAUGUCUUCUGACUCACCCAUCUUCAACGAUCUCUUGGGUGCUAUCGAAGCUGAGCAUUUCCGACAAGUAACUCUUGAGCACUUCAUCCCAGUCAUCAAGGCUCUGGUUGCAGCGCAACAAGCACCCGAGAAGCAGACAUACCUUUCUGCGUUCGCGUGGAUUCACUUCAGCAUGGGAGCUGUCAAGCUUUACGUCCCAGACCGUGUCUUUGAUCCGCAAAGCCGACCCAAGAUGGAGCGAGAAUUCUUCGAAGAUAUGCACGACCUCCUGAAUAACCAUAUUGUUGCUUUGCGAGCCUUCGAGAAACGCUCCACCGGACAAGAUACUAACGAGCGCAUUCAAAUCCGGGAACAAGAGCUAGUUGACCUCGGACCUUUGCCAAAAGAGGUUCAGCCGAUCUACAGACCAGAGCAAUCGGAACUUAGCCGACUACAUGCUGAGUUUUCCAACGUCCUGAAAGCUGUCACUGGUCCUAGUUUGGCCUCAGCUCUCCAGUUCAUCGACUCUGACCCAGCACGAGCUACCGAAGAGCUGAAGCUCGUCAGAGAAAACGUCCUUCGACUUUUGGAUCGACUUUCUGCUCGAUUUGAGGCUUACCAAGACAUGACGCGACCAACAUCAAACCUGUUGCGAUGUCUCUUGAUUGGUCUCUCCUUGUGCGAUGCAAACUCGGCCGUCAAGCUUACUCCUGCUUCCGAAGAACUCCUUCAAGUUACGCCAUUCCUGGGAGGUACGAUGUGGAACCAAACGACGGGUGCAUUUUCGGGAAGAAGCUUCGAGUUCCUGAGCUAUAUGGGUGCCGUCGUCACCGUAGAAGACAUCGGCACUGUUACCCCUCGAGCCCGUGAAUUGGUCUUUGAAGCUUUCCACAGCUUCUACGACGAGUGGACCAAGAGGCUUGAUGCGGACCGUAAAGAAGCGGCUGCCAAUGGUAGUCUGUACCGCUUCCGAGGUAGCUGGGAAGAUGAAGAAGAAUUUGAUGCUGAGGAAUUCAACGAACUUUUCCCCAGCUAUGAUGGCGAUGAAGCUGCUACCAACAACACUCCCGCCAACAAACGAGAUGAGGUUCGUGAUCAAUCCCUGCGAGUGGCAGAAGUUCACAAGCGAAUCUUCCUUGAUCGAAAGGAGCCAACGGCUGCCCUUGAAGAUUUGUGCCGGAUCGUGGGACAUCGCGUUAGCAUUGAAACUGCGGAUCAUUCCAACAUCGAUCGUGGCCUGACGAGCAAGAUGCUGGCCAGUACAAUGCUGUUGGCCAGUGACAAGAUCGAAUCGCUCUCGGCCACAGUUGAUAAGUCCUACAACAUCUACACUGACGCGAAUAUUCCCGAAGCGCGUCAACUUGUUGCUUUGGUUCACAAGAUCAAGGCUCGAUUCCGCGAACUCCAACUUGUCGACGAAAUUGGACAUAUGCAACCGCUGGUAGAUGUUCUGGAGGCUUGCGAUAAGCUUCUUGAGUUGGUCCACACCGAGCCCUUGAUCAAGAUCUUGCCGAAGGUGGAAUAUCUCCACAGUCAUGUUUACGAGUGGCAGUUCGGAGGAUGGGCUAGUCGUGUACACACGGUUCUUCCUCUCCACAAUGCUCUUACUGACACUGUGAUUCGCUGGCGACGAUUGGAGCUCUCAACCUGGGCCAAUCUCUUUGACAUGGAGCAGAAGAAAUGCGAGAAUGAUGCUUACUCCUGGUGGUUUGUUGCCUACCAGGUUGUCAUUGCCGUCCCUCUGUCUAUGGUGGACUCGGCCGACGAAUUGAAGGCUUACGCAACCUCUCUCAUUGAUAAUCUGGGAGUUUAUUUCUCGACCUCCAUCAUUGGCCAGUUCAAGGCUCGCCUGGCCUUGCUCAGACAACUUCAGAGCCAUUUGCGGCUUUUGGUUACAGACUAUCCUCUGUUGGAUGCCAUUAUCAACUCACUGGCCAACUUCAUUCUUUACUAUGCCCGGUACGAAAAGGUCAUGGGCGAAGCCAUCCAAAAAGGACGUCUGCCGAUCGAGAAGAAAAUGAAGGAUGUCCUACUCAUGGCCAGCUGGAAGGACACGAAUAUCAAUGCUCUGCGAGAAAGUGCCCGAAAGUCACACCAGAAACUUUUCCGCCUUGUCAGAAAGUUCCGCGGCGUCCUCGGCCAAGAAGCUAAGCAAAUCAUCGAGCAAGGUCUUCCGGAUGAAGAUGUGCAACGGGAAUCCCAGCCGUUUGAGAAGCGUGCCUCUGUCGAGGUUCUCCCCGAGGCCUUCUCUCGCCUGAGCAAGACCAUGCCUGGAUGGAUCGAUAGCCACCGACGUCUUGCAAAUGUUUCGAAGACGGUUUCCGUGAUGCGGAGGGUUUCCAAUUCACCAGAAAUGAGUAGCGCAGUUCCUCAAGCUGUGGAUGACUUCAUCGCAAGCUUGAAUGAGUCGAUGGCUGAGCUGCGGAAAGAAACCCCUCCAUUCUUGACCGACGAAAACAAAGACCAAAUCAAGCAUCUCAAAAUACGGAAGCGGAAGUUAUUCGCGGAUACUUUGCGCGACCUCCGACAGAUGGGCCUGAAAUUCAACCUUGGACAGGACAGACUUGCUGAGCAGGAUUCACUAUCGGCUGUCCUCGCUUUUGUUCAACCAGUCGAGCUCACCGGGAGCAAGUCGAUGGAAGCAAUUGACUACUACUUCCACAAGAUCCUCGACCUCGCUCCCAAGGCAAGAAGUGCCGCCCGAGACCACUCCGAGGAUCUUACCAGUGCCGAGGUUGGACGAAGUAUUGGAUUUGUCGAGGGCAUGCUCAACCUUAUUUUGGUUCAGAGGAACUCCAUUUCAUUGGCUGCUCAGUCGCUAUCAGCACUCCAGAAAUCAACGAGUCAGUUCCAAAGCCUCGGAAAUUUCACAGAUAAUGGUGCUUUGGUCCGCAAGAGCACUCGCUCUGACUGGGAUCGCCUUCUUCCCUGGUUGAUUGAGGUACUCAAAUUCGCCAGCCGUCUCAUUCAGAUUCACGAAAAAUUGGGGGAGACGAAACAUGAUUCGGUCCUAGGAGAGUUGAGUUCUUGGUCUGGCCGAUUCCAAACACUCCAGACUACAUACCAUGCCCUCAGCAAACUGCCCGAAGGCUUGGUCUCAGGGGGGGUAGUGAAGGUGGAAUCAGACUUCUCUACUGAACUGGAGAGCUUCCGAAGCAGCCUUGACAAUAUGAUCUCGCAGCACCCGAAUCUGGGCUUCGUUCUCCAGCAAAUGCUUGGCUGGUCUGAUAUCACAGCGCACAGUGUUGAUACGCAUACAUCGGAGCUGGAGUUGUCGACUUUCGCCAAUGCCAUUUCAACACUCUGCGACAAGGUUCUCGUAGCUGUCGAGGGAGCACGGAAGAUGGCAACAGAAAUUCCCAGAAAGGAGGAUGAAGCUGGCUGGCUCACAAAGCAUAGCGAUGGGUUCCUGUCUCUGAUCAAGAAGCUUCACAUUUAUGAAGUCGAAAAGAGCACCGCGAGGUGUAUCGAAAUGAUGAAGCAUAUUGACUUGGAGCAACCGCAGCUGAGCCAAGCAGCCAUGGGCUUGAUGGCUGUUGCAACUCCCAUCAUGGUUGAGUUCCUUGCCUUGAGUCAGCAAUCCGUUGCCCAAGUUGUCAACAUCCAUGGGGCAUUGGCACACAUGGCCUACAAUAUGACUAAGUCGUUCACCCAAAUUGCUUCUAAGGGAUUCUGCACGCCUCAAGAAAAGUCUGACGAGACGUCUGGCGAGUCGAACCAAGUAGAAUCGGGAACUGGCCUUGGAGAUGGAGAGGGUGCCGAAGACAUCAGCAAGGAUAUCCAGCCAGACGAAGACCUCUCUGAACUCGCCCAGGAAGUCAACAAAGAGGAAAGCGGAGAGAUGGAGGAUGAAAAGGAUGCCGUGGACAUGGCAGACGAAGAACUGGAGGGUGACAUGGGCAGCGUUGAUGGAGCCGACGAUGACGAAGAAGGGUCUAAAAAGGGGGACGAGGAAGAGGAGAAUGACGAUAUUGACGAGGAAGCAGGGGACGUUGAUGACCUGGACCCUACCGCCGUGGACGAGAAGAUGUGGGAUGGAGAAGAUGAGGAGAAAGCAGAGAAAGAUCAGCAAGGAGAUAAGGCCAAGGGCCAGAAGAAGGACGAUGAGCAGAUGGCAGCCGAUGAAGAUGCGAAGAAGCAGGGUGGCGAAGAAGAGCCAGAGAUGGACGAUACUGGCGAGCAGGAGGAUGGAGAUACCGAUGCGGAGGAAGAAGACGUCAAGGCUCAGGAGGAGAUGAAUCGACAAGAGCAGACCGCAGAGGAGAAUGACACUCUGGCUCUCCCUGACGAGAUGGACUUAGAUCUUGGCGAUGAGCAUGAAUCGGGCUCAGACAGCGAUGAUCUAGACGCGCUGUCAGACAUUGAGGAAGAGAAAGAAGAGGCCGAGGAUCAGGAAAUGGGCGACGACAAGGAUAACGAGUCUGACGAUGGCGCUGCUCAGGCACAGCUUCAAGAAGAAGCCGAAGAAAAUGAGCCGGAGGUCGGUGAAGAAGAGGAAGAGAAGGCCGAAGAACAGACUGGGGCCAACGACGAAGUCCAGGAAGAGCCUCGGUCUGAGGAAGAAGAGGAGAAGCCCGACGAAUCUGAAGAACAGACGGAUCAGACUCAACCACCCCAGGACAACGCCACUGCGGACACAGACAACGCCGCACCUAGCGAUGUCAAGAGCUCUGGCCAAGAUCAAAAUGCUGAGUCCAUGGAUGUGGACGAAAAGUUCCAGAGCAACGCAGCUCAGCAAGAAGACGGUGAGAUGGGCGAUGGAGCUGCCGACCAAGACACAAGCACGGGCAAUAAGGGAUCCAUGUCUCGAUCGAAGGAGACUAUGGAAAAGGCUGAGCAAGAACAAGACAGUGCAGACUCGGCACGCAGCGACCCGUUCAAGAAGCUUGGCGACGCCCUGGAACGAUGGCACCGGCAGCAGGAGGACAUCAAGAGCGCCGACCCCACGGACGACAACCAGCAAGAUCAGCAGCAGGACCCUGAUGCAGACCAGAGCCGACGGGAAUUCCAGCAUCUUCAAGAUGAUGAUACCGCUGCAGACACACAGGCCAUGGGAACGGCAGACGAUGACCAAGUCCAGCCCAUGGAUGAGUCGAUGGCGAUUGAUGAGGAGAAGCAAGAUCCUUCCAGCCGCCUGAUGGAGGAAGACAAGGAUGAAGAGGCUGAGCAGGAGGCCGACAAGAUGGACGUCACUGAUUCGGCGGAUGCGCCCGAUGCGAACAAGCAGGACGACGACAAGGAUCAAGACGAUACCCGAUCGGGCGUGAAGACGAGACAAGGGAACUACAACCGUGAAUCCACCCCUUCGGAAGCAGACGCACCGAUGGCAGAAGAGGACGACGACGAGGCUCAGAUUCAAGAGACAUCGACGCAACUCUCGACAACGCACAUCUCGGAUGACCAGCGGCCGCUUCGGGACUUUGGGGAGUCGAUGCAGCAAUGGUCAGAGUUUCAAACCAAGACGCACUCGCUGUCGUUGGCUCUGACAUCGCAACUUCGACUGAUCCUGACGCCAUCGCAGUCGACAAAGCUCUCUGGAGCGUUCCGAACGGGUAAGCGGCUGAACAUUAAGCGCAUUAUCCCGUACAUUGCAUCGAGCUACAAGCGGGACAAGAUCUGGAUGCGACGAGCCAUCCCGACGAAGCGCACAUAUCAAAUCAUGCUCUGCGUGGACGACAGCAAGAGCAUGGGAGAGUCAUCGUCGGGCACGCUAGCGAUGGAGUCUCUGGUGAUGGUGUCGCGAUCGCUGACAAUGUUGGAGGCCGGCCAAGUGGGCGUGAUGGGCUUCGGAGCAGACGUUUUCACGGCACAUCGCUUGACAGAUCCGUUCGCAUCUGAUGCGGGUGCCAAGGUGCUUCAGAAGUUUGGCUUCGCACAGGACCGAACUGACAUUGGACUUCUCAUCCGUGAGACAAUGGAGACGUUCCGAAGGGCACGCCAGCAGAGCGGUGGAGGGUCUGACUUGUGGCAGCUGGCGCUGAUCCUCUCGGACGGUUUGACGCCAUCAUCGGCGCACGAGUCGAUUCGACGACAACUACGCGAGGCGAUGGAGGAGCGGGUGAUGAUCGUGUUCAUCAUCAUGGACGACACAGACAAGAAGAAGGGAGACAGCGUGUUGGAGCUGAAGGAGGCCAAGUUUGUGCGGGACGGCGGAGAGAGCCGGGUGGUGAUUGAGCGAUACCUGGACACAUUCCCGUUCCAGUACUAUCUGAUUGUGCACCAUCUGGACGAGCUGCCGAACGCACUGGCGGGGCUGUUGCGGACGUGGUUUGCAGAGGUUAAUGCUUGA